CUCUGAGCGAUCAAGCCUAGUCUCUGGCCCCGGAUUGAAUUCUUGUCCUCCGGGGGCCAAGAAUCCCGGUGUAUCAACAACCUUUCAUCUGUCAGGUAAAAUUGGUGUUUCAUUUUGCAAAACUAGUUAAGCUCACAACUCAAACUGUAUUUGUUUAGAACAAAUGGCAAUGCUGUAUCAUAUCAUUCAGCCUAAUAGUCCAACUGCCUUUCCAGACAACCAUCAUAGAAUUUUAAAGAUACGUAUAUCUCAAGGGUCAACUUUUGAUAGAGUUAAUAAUUGUUACUGUGAAACUGUUUUUUUUUUUUUUUUUUUUCUUUUUCUGCAAAGAGUAGUGGUGAAGAAUACAAUGACUACUAGGUCAAACUAAAAUAAACUAAGGUGAUGUCUGAAGCUACAACAACCAUUUUGGCCCAAACUUGGGGAUAGAAGCCAACAGUAAGGAUAGAGCGGAGUUUGCAUUCCUGGGGUACCAACCUAACACCUUCUGAGAGAGGGAAAAGAGUGUAAGGGCUUAGGAUGUUGAAAGUUAGGCAUGCAGGCAAACCCAUCCUUCCAUCUGUUAUAGGAGCUAAUGUGAGGCUGACUGCUGGGCCUUGAUCUAAUCCCAGUAUUCCCGUCCUUGGGAACAUCUGGGACUAGCUGGAGGCUAGGUAGCAAGACUGGGGCUGGACUAGGAUGACAACGGAGGAAGAAAAGGUGGAAAACAGGCUCUCUGUGCAGGACUGAGAGGCUGGCCAAACCCCAUACUGUGUCAGCCCUCGCCCCAAGUACUCCUUUCCCUUUUUUCUCCUACUGGUGUAGUCCGGGGAGAGCAGCGGGAGUCAAAACUGGACUUCGGCUACCCGCAGUCCCGCAGAACUGACCCCGAAUCCACCCAACAGCGUAAGCUGAGCAGGCAGUUAGCACCCUGCAGCCCCUCAGCCUACUUUGAAAGCUCCCAGAGCCACCAGCCGCGACACGGGCCGUCUCAAGCUGCCAUUGGCCAGCGCGCGUCACGUGCAGCAGCGCGCGGCGGCGAUUGGUGCAGUGCGAGGCGGCGGGGACGCGCCAGGGACCGCAGAGGGAGCGUUACCUCAGCCCCUAGUGCCCAGCGGCGGUGAAUGGACCGCUAGGCGGGUGGCCUGGUCAGGCAGGCAGGACUGUGAGUGGCGGUAGUAUUGCUUGCCCUGGUGGGCAGCGGCGGGGCCUCUGAGACACCUCGGUGAAGCACGGCCUGUGGGGUUCAGUUGGGGCUGGGGCGGAGGUCAGCCGGCGGACGGGGGGCAAGUCGGGUGGGGAAGGCGGGGAAGCGACCCGCCUGCAGCUACGAGGACUACGGAUGAGAAGCCGCGGGAGAGGCGCGCGACCUGCUGUUGACUUAGCUGCGCCGGCGAUUCCAGCUGCGUGUUAAACGUCUGAAUCCUCACGUGGUGGCGCUAUAGCACAAGUUUUUGUUUUCUUCUUAUCUGAGCUGCCUCCGGUUAUAUUUAGGAAGUAGAACUUUCCACCCUCCACCUGAUGGGCAGAAAGCAAAGAUGAACUAAAGAAGAACCUCUUGAUGAAGGUGAAAGAGGAGAAUGAAAAAGCUGGCUUAAAACUCAGCAUUCAAAGAACUAAGACUACCAUGGCUGCAGGAGCCUUGCCUCAAAAUGAACUACCAUAUUCUACAUUGGUGAAUAACAGUGGAUAUGCUGCAAAUAUGAAAGGAAAUUCAGGACGUCCAACGCCAAAAUAUACAAAAGUUGGAGAGCGUUUGCGGCAUGUUAUUCCUGGACACGUGGCCUGUUCUAUGGCAUGUGGUGGCAAAGCUUGCAAGUAUGAAAAUGCAGCCCGCUGGAGUGAACAGGAACAAGCUGUUAAAGGGAUAUACUCGUCCUGGGUCACUGAUAAUAUCCUGGCCAUGGCACGCCCAUCCACUGAGGUCCUGGAGAAGUUCUGUAUCAUUGAGCAGUUCCGAAGCCACGGCAUAAAAAGUAUCAUUAACCUGCAGCGUCCUGGUGAGCAUGCCAGCUGUGGGAACCCUCUGGAACAAGAAAGUGGCUUCACAUACCUUCCUGAAGCUUUCAUGGAGGCUGGCAUUUAUUUCUACAACUUUGGAUGGAAGGAUUAUGGUGUAGCGUCCCUUACCACCAUCUUAGAUAUGGUGAAGGUGAUGACAUUUGCCUUACAAGAAGGAAAAGUAGCUAUCCAUUGUCAUGCAGGGCUUGGUCGAACAGGUGUUUUAAUAGCAUGUUACUUAGUUUUUGCAACAAGAAUGACUGCUGACCAAGCAAUUAUAUUUGUUCGGGCAAAGCGACCUAAUUCCAUACAAACUCGAGGACAGCUACUCUGUGUAAGGGAAUUUACUCAGUUUCUGAUUCCUCUUCGCAAUAUAUUCUCUUGCUGUGACCCCAAGGCACAUGCUGUUACCUUAGCACAGUAUCUCAUUCGUCAGCGGCAUCUGCUUCAUGGAUAUGAGGCACGACUUCUGAAACACAUACCAAAAAUUAUCCACCUUGUUUGCAAAUUGCUGCUGGACUUAGCUGAGAACAGGCCAGUGGUGACAGAAGAAGUGGCAGACAUACCUGGCCUCUCAGCUGAAAUCGAAAAAACUGUUUCUGAGAUGAUCACAAGGCAGCUGGAUAAGGAGUUACUGAGACAUGACAGUGAUGCAUCAGACUCUUUCACCCCCAAUGCAGUAGUGAUGGAUUUUGAGAAUCAGGAUGCGGUUCUUUCCAGUGAGCAGGAGUUGGACCCUCUUUGGAAGAGGCGGAAUGUCGAGUGUCUUCAGCCCCUGGCUCAUCUGAAAAGGCAGCUCAGCUACAGUGACUCAGAUUUAAAAAGGGCCGAGUCGCUUCUGGAGCAAGGGAGGACUCCGUGGACGGUGCCUGCCCAAGCCUUGCUUUGCCAUAAUCCCAGGCAGCAGAAGCACAUAAGCCAUUGUUACUCCCCACAGUCUCCACAGCUAGAUUUAAAUAAGGAAACGCUGGUCCGCAAUACAUUUUCUUUCUGGAAUCACACUAAAUUUGGAGUCCCAGAGGGACUCAAAGAUGAUGGGUCAUCAAUUUUCCAUAGGACGAGCAUUCCAAAGGAAGUACAGCGAAGUAGAACCUUCUCUUCAGGAAUUUCAGAUUCAUACAACCCUGGGGAACCAGUCGCACCAAACUUUGCAAAUAUUCCUAAGGGACCAAACUGUUCUCAACAGAAAGUAUACCACUGUGAGUGUGAAAGUCAUGGUGGUUGUGGCCCAAGCUCUGUUGCAGAGGAUGGUGAGACUUGCCGCCGCCCUGUGGACUAUGGGUCCAGUCCCAAAGCACAGUUCUUGGGGAAUGAAACUCAGAACAGCAAAUACCUGUCUGAAGUUGCUGCACAUAUGCCUUUACAGUCUGAGUUGAGUGUUGAAGCAAGGAGAAUACUGGCAGCCAAAGCCCUGGCAAAUUUAAAUGAGAUUGCAGAAAAGGAGGAAGUGAAAAAGAAGGUAGAAAUGUGGCAGAAAGAACUAAAUUCCCGAGACGGAGCUUGGGAAAGAAUAUGUGGCGAAAAGGAUCCUUUCAUCCUGUGCAGUUUGAUGUGGUCUUGGGUGGAGCAGCUAAAGGAGCCUGUGAUAACCAAAGAGGACAUGGACAUGUUGGUUGACAGAUGUGCAGUUGCCUCGGAAGCACUGUUCUUAUUAGAAAAGGGCCAGCAACAAACUAUUCUUUGCGUGUUGCAUUGCAUAGCGAGCCUGCAGACGAUUCCUGCAGACGUGGAGGAAGCUGUUCUUGCCCGCGCCAUUAAAGCUUUCACUAAGGUUAAUUUUGAUUCUGAAAAUGGACCAAUAGUCUACAACACCCUGAAGAAAAUAUUUAAGCACACACUGGAAGAAAAAAGAAAAAUGACAAAAGAUAACCCUGAGCCUGGCAUUUAGUGACGCUGACUUUCCCUUCAUGACUAUUUCAGACUUGAAGAUCUGGGUGGCAUUUCUGCUCAUAGCUGAACAAAUUGAAGUGUGGAACUGCUUCGUUUCAUAGCACUUUAUUUCAGAUGCUCUCGGUUUGUGCUCAGAAAUGCUUGUUCCUGUUUGGAGCAAUUAUUUAUUUUAAAAUAUCCUUCAGUUACAUUUUUAUGUUAAAAAAUUGCCAUAAAGUCAGUGCCACUUCUUUUAUUUAUGUAUUUAUUUAACUGAGUUAAUAUUGUUGUAUUAACAUUUUAAGAAUGUGGUGUUUACAUCCUUGUUCUUUUUUGACAUUUUGGAAAAAGUUGUAACUCUUCUUUCCAAAACAAUUAUUUUAUUGUUGGAGCUCUUCUCUUUAUUGAUGGAAUUAUCUGUUUACCAAAUAAUUUUAAUAGUAAAACUUUACUGUGUAUGCCCUGAUACAUGACCUUAAGGAAGUCACCAAGUGUCUUAAACUGUAAGAUAUUUGUUAUAAGAAGGCUAUUGUUACACCAUUUUAAAGGAUUUUUUUACAUUUUUUGAUUUUUUUGUUUUUUCUUUUUACAAAUGUGGCAAAGAGUCUCAAAUGUAUUAUUUUUGUGAGUGUUUUAGUUUUACGUUAAAGGAUUGACAGUACAGUGUUUGGGACUUUUUACUGUGGGAAAUAGGCUUGCUCUUUGUCAGGCUUCCUGACAACCUCACUGACCUCUGCUGUCACAGGCGGAAGGAACAGUUCUUAACACAUCAAGCCUUAUUCCCACUCUCCUGGGCUGUUGCUGAGCUGAGCAGCAUCUUUACAGAGAAAGUAGGAUCGGUGACAAGCAGUGCAGGAAGCUGCAGGACUCCAGCAGAACAGUCCUACAGGGGCGGGCGCCACAGCCACAGCCACUCCCCAGAGGCAGUUCUGUUCAUGCUGAUGUUGUGAUAGCAUGAGCCCCAGCCCACACGUCCUAAGUCGACUGUUUCAUAGACCCAGUUGCCUCAGGGCUUUAUCUUUGGUUGCUUUUCUGUGAGAAUUUAGAUGUUUAAAUUGAAUUUGACUCAUUGUAGGUUGCAUUCACCCUACAGGUUUUAGAUAAGAGGAAGUAAUUGCCUAAAUUAUUUAGUUCCUUAUAAACCAAACUAUCAGUAAUCAAAGCCAUUAAAUAAUAUUUAAGUGAAUAUGUGGGGCACAAGAGGCCAAGCCUCUCUUUUUUUCCCAAUAAAAGUGAUAUUAAACCAGUUUCAAACUAAAGCUACUACUUAAUCUUAAAGACAGAAUUUCAGAGAGAGUAACUAAUUUACAAGAAAUGAAAUUUCUCCAACUUGUACAUUUCUGAAUCAACUCUAGCACAUCAAAAAUGUCUGUCAUUAUUGGUCUUACUAACUCUAGUGGCAAAUGCCAUACUGUUUGAAUUUUUAGGAAAUCAAAUCAAGUGAAUUUUAGUGAACUGGUUUGCCCAUUCCUGAAAUUUCUCAUUUUCAAGUGCCUGAUCUAGGAAAGACAGGGAGAAAACAAUUACAUUUAUCCAAAGGUACAUUAUAAAGAUAUAUAUUUUAUACCUAAAAAGAUAUUUAUCCUCAUGUUUGUCGAUCUCAAAUGGACAGGUGCCACCAUGGCUCAUUUGACAAGUGACUCUUGGCCUGUGCAUCUGAAAUGAUCAUUUCAGAUUAGAGAAUAAAUCCUGAACAGCCAUGCUGUGACCACAGCAGUGCCUGUCUAAAAUCUAAGUGCACCAGUCUGAGAAAGAGAGAUGGUGUGAUUAAUCAAGUUGUAUACAGGUUUUGUAUUUAUUUGAAUAAAAGUGGGGGAAAAAAGCA